UAUAGUUACAUGUGGCUCUCCUGCAUGCUCUGUAAAACUCGUCCUUUUCACAAGUCCUCUUCUUCUCUUCUUCUCUGUUUUGGUUUAGUGGCUGUCAUCGUUUGUAUUGUCCAAAGAUAAUCUACAAAAAAGAAAAAAAAGUACGGCGAGAUUUCAGAAACUCUGGCCGAUACAUCAGCGGAUUCGGCGGUGGUCGGCUCAAGAACUGCCUCCUUGUUUUCCGUCGUCAUUUCUUUUUCUUUUUUCAUUGGUUUGGUGCUUUCCAAGCUUCCUGUAGAUUACGGUUAAAGUCUUUAAUCUCUGACAAGAACAAGAAGAUGUUCAGCUGCUUUGCUGGAUUGAUCAGUAGAAAGAAAAAUAAGAGGAGUCAAAAACCUACUCCACCACCAAGAACACAGAGAAUCCUUCAGAUAAGACUAGAAGAGCCAGUGAAGCCUCUGGAGAAUGACGAGCCAAGCACCAACGUGAUCCACCACAAGUUCAUUGAUCACAAGGAAGACUCAUAUGAUGGUGAAGAUGAACACGAUGAGAACGACUCAACUCACCCUGAGUCUCCACCUAAAUUCCAAGUUCAAGAACAAGCGGUUGAGUCUCUCACAAGUAAGGAGUUAUGUAAAGAAGUGACAUACUGUUCUGAAAAUGAACAUGAUGAUGAAGAAGGAGGCCACGUCAGUGAUCCAGGCUUAGGUAGAGCCACCUCUUGGGUGGCUUCACCUAAGCUCAAACGAUCUUGCUCCACUUUAAGCAAGUUCAACGGUGCUGAUCCUAGGGCUUUCCAUGACACGAGAGAUAGCUUUGAGACCAAGUCUGUUAGGUCACAUAGAAGUGCAGAUAGAGUGAUGCUCAAGAAACAUUCAUCAAUGCAGAUACUUCCUUCAGGAAGCAGGCGUCUCUGGUGGAAACUCUUCCUCUGGAGCCAUAGGAACCUUCACAAACACCUUGUCUCCCUAAAGUCUUCAGACAAGAAUCACCAGUCUGGUUACACCUCUGACUUAGCUAGCCAUCAAGAAUCCGCAAACGACCAAUGGCCUCGUCACAAGAACCAGUGGGUAGCGUUCUCUGCUGAAUCCUCUUCUAUGAAACGAGUAGAUGAGUGGGUAAGAAGACUUGAUGUGGAGACAGUGAUUCCAGUAAACGAGGAUGAGGAUAAGCACAGCUUCAUAGCUUCUCCUAAGAUGGUGAGAUCAGCCUCAGGAAAUGUAAAUGACUCAGAGGCCAUAGUGCAUGCAAAUAGCUUAAUACAGUCGCUGAGUAAAUCCUCAAGCGUGGCUCAUAUCUCGAGCAUAGGCUUGAAAGCUGUCCCAAGCAUCUCACAUUUCACCAGCCUCAAGUCCAUUGAUUUAUCCAACAACUUCAUAGGUACGCUCGUGUAUUAAGUGUGUGUAUGGCAUGCAUGUUUGGUAAUUCGGUUCUCAAUUAGUUCGGUUCAACAUAAAUCUUACCGAAUUAAUCCAAAAGAAAGUAUGGUUAGGUAUGAUUAGUUCGGUUUUAAAUGUAUUACCAAUAUUUUUGAUUUCAGCUAUAUUUUGCUUAAACUUUAUUAAAAUUUUCUUUAAAAAAAUUAUUAAAAUUCGGAUAAAUUCUGUUAAUUUUAGUUAGUUCGGUUUAAAAUUUGGUUAGCUUGAUUAGUUUGGCUCAGAUUUUUGGCAUGAUUUUACUAUAAUUUUUUUAAAAAAAAUUAAAAGUAACUGACCGAACCGAAAACCGAUUUUUU